AUGCUGCAGGAACUCUCGCAUAUGGACCGCAUCACGCAGCUUCAAGAUGAGAUCCAGCAACUAUUGACGAUCAUGUCGAGCAGUAUCGCGUACCUUACCACGCGCGUCAACUUUGCGCAGGUUAGCGAGGACAUCCCCGUCACGAAGCAGCGAAACCCGGACAAGUAUGACCCGCCGGAGGUGCUCGAAGCGAACAAGAAGGAACUGGUCACGGAUUUUAUUGUCAAGGCAAAACAGAUCGAAUACCUCAUCCAAUCAUUGCCAGAACCAGAGCCGGAGGAAGAGCAGGCGAAACGCCUGCAAGUCCUCGAAGACGAAAUGACGCAGGCGAACACGGAGUACCUCCGCGCGGUGGCCCGGGCGAAGGAUCUGCAUAGACAAAUAUCGGAUGUCCUCAAGGCUAUGCUCGACGACGUGGAUGGUCCGCAGGAGCCGCCGGGAUGA